CUUAACAAAUUGCAGAGAGUUUUGAAUGCCUCAGCCAGGCUAGUUUAUAAUGCCCCUAGGUUUUGCCACAUCUCACCCCUUCUUCGUGGUCUGCAUUGGCUUCCUGUUAAAGCCCGGAUACAAUUUAAGAUACUGCUUAUUACGUUCAAAGCAAUUCACGGCCUUGCUCCUAAAUAUCUAUGCGAUUUACUAACAUUUAAAUCGUCCUUAUAUAACCUUAGAUCUUCAGGUAGUAUUUUACUUUCUAUGGCAGCUGUUCGAUCGAAGACGUUAGGUGACAGAGCUUUUAUGGUAGCAGCGCCAAGGCUCUGGAACUCUCUUCCAAAAGAACUUCGU